AUGAACUUGGCAAUUAAACAACAACGGAGAGUGGAAAGGAGCUCAAACUUUAGGGGUUUGGCUCCUCUCUACCAAAUCUACAUCGCAGUAACGAAGAUUAAGCAGAAAGAAGAAGAAAUUAAGGUGCCACCAACUUACGAGGCGGAGAUGGCCUCAGAAUGCGUUGAAUGCGGAGGUCAUGGAAAUGCAGAUAAAACCAGAGGAACUUCGAACAAGGUUGAACAUUGUGAGAGAAGGCUCAGUUUUGUGGAACUUAACAUUAGAGGGGGCAAAGGUGAUGACUAG